UGCGUGUGUGACAAUGGAUUUUACAAGAUUCAUGAAUAAAUUCAACGAAAUCGAACGCCAACUUUCGCCCACAUCGGCGCUGCGUCUGAGCUUUGAUAAUAUAUCGCCGGAGAGCGAGGAGCCGCCCGAUGGCAAGCGGCUGUGGGGUGUGCCAGUGCCACCAUUUGUCUCCGAUAAGGUCGUCUCCUGGAUCGCGGAGGAGUUCAACGAGGCGCCCGUUUACUACAACGGCAACUGUGUCCUAAAAAAGGUGGAAAAUGUGCGCAUGAUUGAUCGCUACAACACUAAAAAUCCUACAGUUGGCACUUUGUAUCUGACGGCCACGCAUCUGAUAUUCGUGGAGCCCGACAGCAAUAAGGAGACCUGGAUUCUGCACAUGCACAUUGCCAGCAUUGAGAAGCUGCCGCUUAGCACAACCGGUUCGCCGCUUUUGAUACGCUGCAAAACUUUUCUGUCGGUGACAUUUGUCAUACCCAAGGACUCCGAGUGCCAUGAUGUCUAUACUUCGCUAAUCAAACUCUUUCAGCCGGUCUCCAUCAACAAGUUGUACUGCUUCAACUAUCAGCCAGCCAAGGAUGAUUACCCCAAAAAUGCUGGCUGGGACUUUUUCAAAUUGGAGGCAGAGUUUAAGCACAUGCUGGUGCCCAACGACAACUGGACGCUGUGCUCCAUGAACGAAAAGUACGAGCUGUGCGACACGUAUCCGCGUCAGAUCUAUGUGCCCAAGGAGGCCACCACAUUGAUGCUCAUAAGCAGCUCACGUUUUCGCUCCAAGGGUCGCCUGCCCGCAUUGACCUAUUUGCACAACAAUAAGGCGUCCAUAUGCCGCUGCAGUCAGCCAUUGUCGGGCUUCAGUGCCCGUUGUCUCGAGGACGAGCAAAUGCUGGAGGCCAUACGCAAAACCAAUCCCAAUACCGAUUACAUGUUCGUUGUGGAUACGCGACCGCGCAUCAAUGCCAUGGCCAAUCGUGCCGCCGGCAAGGGCUAUGAGAACGAGGCCUUUUACGAGAACAUCAAGUUCCAUUUCCUUGGCAUUGAGAACAUUCACGUACAGCGCGCCAGCCUACAAAAGGUGCUGGAGGCUUGCGAACAGAAAUCACCCACGAUGAGCGCAUUUCUGAAUGCCCUAGAGUCAUCCGGCUGGCUUAAACACAUUCGCUCCAUAUUGGACACGUCGAGCUUCAUUGCCAACGCCGUCGACAAGGGCGUCUCCGUGGUUGUACACUGCUCGGAUGGCUGGGAUCGCACUGCUCAAGUUUGCUCGCUGGCGCAGCUCAUGUUGAAUCCUUACUAUCGCACAAUUAAGGGCUUUCAGGCGCUCAUCGAGAAGGACUGGCUGGCGUUUGGGCACAAGUUCAGCGAACGCUGCGGCCACAUACAGACGGAUGCGCGCGAGGUGUCGCCAAUCUUUACGCAGUUCCUGGACUGCACCUGGCAGCUAAUGUCCCAGCGCAGCGAGUCUUUUGAAUUCAAUGAACGCUUUCUGCUCAUACUCCAUGACCAUGUGCACUCGUGUCAGUUCGGCACUUUUGUGGGCAAUUGCGAGAAGGAUCGCCUGGACCUGAAGCUAGCCGAGCGCACAUUCUCGCUGUGGGGCUACAUGGCCAACCAUCUGAACGAGUACAUAAAUCCGCUGUAUAAACCCAACAUAGAUGAGUCGAUCAAAGCCAACCUGGCGCCACAGUGCAUCAAGUUCUGGCGUGGCAUGUACAGCCGCUUUGAAAGCGGCAUACACCCACGCGAGCCAUUGGGUGAUUUGCUGCUGGACAGCAAGGAGCACUGUAACUCCCUGGAGGAUCAUGUGCAGCACUUGACGAAACGUAUUGCCAGUUUCAAAAACUACAUUUCCAAGUCGGCCAAGAAGCUGCAGGAUGCCACCACCACAACCACCACAAAAGCUAGCAAGGAGACGACCACCAACGAGAUCAAUGACAACAAAUACAAUUAUGACAAGAAGCUAAGCGAAUUGUCCGCCGCUGAUGAUGAUCAUCCGCUUAAGGCGAGCAACAUGUCAUUUGCCAAUCUCUCGUUAAAUGCCGAACAGGCGAGCACCCAGACUUUGACCGAGGAAAUCUCUUCCGUGGCCCUUGAUUGGAAGUCCAUGCGAAACGUAACCACCUGCUCCUGCUCCACGCCCUUCGAUCAGUUCAGCAAGAAGACACAUUGCUGGCGUUGCGGCGAGAUCUUCUGUGAGCGUUGCAUUGAUAAGAACGUGGCGUUGCCUGGACACGAUAGCGGCAAGCCGGUGCCCGUUUGUCGUGGCUGCCACCGACAGAUGCAAAAACAGAGUCCAUAAGCCCAAUUCUAGCAUAAUCCUAGUUAUAAAUUGUUGAGCAUGUGACGUGGAGUGAAUGUGGACAGCGUGCAAGCGAGUGGACGUAUUUGUUUCGGGUGCGUUUUUGUGGCAUAAAUUACAUAUACACAUACUAACACAGAUAUACAUAUAUAUACAUAUUAUUAUAAUAUAUUUAUUGUUGCAUUUGUAGUUGUAGCUACUUAAAAGCACCCUCGACUUUCGAGUUAUUGCGCGCAAAUCAAAAAACAUUCUAAACUAGCCGUGCACCAAAAAUGUGCCGAGUCGGGCACAAAACGUUUUUAUGUUGUUGAUUUUGAAAUUUCUAAGUGUCAGCUCUUUUCCAAAAAUGGAAAUUCCCAAAUAUAGUUCGUAUUUCAAAGGGAUUGACACAAUCUGCAGCCUUGGCUGGCAUUUACGUAUUACACGUUUUUUUUUUUUAGUACGACUAACAAAAUCAAUAACUAUAUCUUAAUGUUACAGAAUCUCUAUCCAGACAGCAUUCCACAUCCAAAUUUGUUCUUUAAUAGUUUGAACUAUCAACGUAUUUUCUACAGGCUCAAAUAUUUCUGCCUAUUUUACUGUGAGAUAGUGUGCGAAAUUGGGAGCGGUCUGUUCUUGCCUCAUUUAUCUCACACAAUUAAGAAGUACAAUUGCUUACAUAUUAAUACAAACAUAUGUAUACUUAAAUAUACUAGCGUACAAUUGCAUGGAUACAGUUAAAUAUUAGAGAGAAAACUAUCGUAACGUGUACUACACAAGCUGUCAGACAAUUUAUCUGCUUUACAAGCCGUAAAUGGUACUAUGCAAAGAUGUUUGAUCAAAAGUAUAAUAAAAAGGAUUAUUUAUUCAACAAA